AUGGGCACAAUAUCUGGUGAUGGCGUCGAGAAUGCGAAGAGUAGCUGCAGCGGUGAUGUCAGCGGCAGCGGUGGGAGUAGCAGUAGGACUAGCGGCAAUAGCAGUGACAACGGCGGCGGGGCGUCUGCGGCUUCGGCGAGUUCGCCACCACCACAAUCUCCACCUCCUCUCUCCUUAUCGUCGUUAUCAUCAUCGCCCGCUGCUGCCGCCGCCACCGCAGCAGUAACAACAACAACAGAGGUGUCGUUGUCCUCGCCGUCCCGGCGGUUUGCUCUCUUUGGCAGUCGUGCACUCGCCGCAGGAAGCAAAGGCCGUUUACAGGCCCCUGCCUCUUUCUCUUCCAACACGUCCUCGUCCUCUGUGCCUGCGCAGCAGCAGCAGCAGCAGCAGCAGGGGCUGACGGCGUUUGGUGCGCGUCGCGGAGACACCGCGACGCACAUUCGCCUGAGCAGUGAGUUAUCGUCACAGGGGAAAUACCUCGUUGUGGGUGACGGCAUGAUGGCGCCGUUCAUGGCACUUUGCCUGCGCGUCCACGGCCUGGACUGCGACCUCGCCCACCACGUCAGCAGCAAUGACAUGGACCGCGGCACCAUCGUCCUCACGCCCUCCGUCACGCAGGUGAUGGGUGACGUGCUGAACGUCUCUGUCCCCAGCGGGAGCGUCGUUGGCCGAAUCUUGACAUUUGAUCACGUUGGAAAUGACAUGUGCGACGUGGAUUUGAACGAAUUUCGUGAGAAGGGCGAGAGUCCGACGUUUUUCUGCUGCGAUCGGCUCAAGCUGGAGCGGGCGUUGCUGUCGCUGUGCGAGGUUGGCUCCCACAGCUGCCACGUGCUGCCCAAGCCGCACAUUGACAGGGGCGGACUUGAGCCGCUUGAGAACGGCGGCGUGCGUGUGCGGUUUGCGAGCGGCAUGCACCAGGACUAUCUGGGCGUCAUCUGCACAAGCCGCAGUCAGGAGCUCGUGCCAGAGCUCACGCUCACGAAUGAGGAGCUGCAGCAGCGGGCAGAGAAUACUGAUAAGUUCAAGGAGGGCCUCACGAAGGCGGUGCGUUGGAUGGAGCUGUGCGUCCCCCCGCUGCCGGAGUUGGGGCGGUUUGAGAAACGCUUCACGCCGGGCUCGCAGGAGAUCGUUGAGCUGCUCACCCCCCGCGACGCCAAGAUGACGGUGCGCCCCACUAUGAUGGCGACCAAGCUCUUUUACAACGUGACCAUCACUAUCCCGGACGGCACCACGGACCCGCGGCUGAAGAGCACCAGCACAAAGCAAUUUUGGGACGAUGUCAUCAUGCACUGGACCUCUGGGGUACCGGGGUACAUCCCCCACACAAUGUUUCGGCCAAUGAUGACGCACAUGCAGCAGCACUUUACGAGGAGUAGUGCCUUGGUGUACCGCACCCCGCUUUUCCUCAUGCCACACUGGUCGGAGGGCGGGGGCCGCGUCAUAAAGGUUGCACACGCCGCCCACGGAUGCGCAUUUGACGCCAUUGACGUGGCGGAUGCGCAGGGGUUUACUGACUGCUUCGGCCUCGCUCGUGCCUUGGCGGAGGGCGACGAUAUGCAGCAGUUUCUUCACAAUCGGCGGCUACAAGUUAUGGAGGAGCUCGACUACCACACAGUGCUGCUGAACUACGCCGUAAAGGAGCGUGGGCAGCUGGCGUACAUGUCGUCUCGCUUUGCCAUGAAAAUAAUGCGUCGAUACAAAAAGAGCUGGCGCAGCAUUUUGCGCAACUACGUGACACUGAUGCCGAAGGUGGCGAAGUAG